AUGGGCCUCCCCGAGCUGAAGUUCACUCCCACAGAGGAGAUCCCUUCGCGUAUUUCCACCGCUCGCAAGACCUUCCUCGAGCACAAGACCCGCGAUGUCGAGUUCCGACUCGGGCAGCUCCGCAAGCUCUACUGGGCCAUUAAGGACCAUGAGGAGGACAUCGUCGAGGCCUGCGCCCAGGACCUGAACAAACCGCGUUUCGAAACCGAGGUCGCCGAGAGCCAAUGGAUCCUCAACGACAUCGUCUUCACGACGCGUAACCUGCACAAAUGGGUCAAGGAUGAGAAGGCUCCCGAUAUCGACCUUACGUUCAAGUUCAUGAACCCCAAGAUCCGCAAGGACCCGCUGGGGACCGUGUUGGUGAUCGGUGCUUUCAACUUCCCCUUCCAGCUGACCUUGGGCCCGGCCAUCGGUGCCAUUGCCGCCGGUAACACCGUGGUGAUCAAGCCUAGCGAGAAUGCGCCGCGCAGUGCUGCCGUCAUGCAGAAGAUCAUCGAGGCGUCGCUCGACCCCUCCUGCUAUCAGAUCAUCCAGGGAGGCGUCUCCGAAACACAGGCCCUGCUCGCAGAGCGGUGGGACAAGAUCUUCUUCACCGGUGGUGCCAACGUCGGUCGCAUUAUCGCCAAGGCCGCCGCGCCGCACCUCACCCCCGUGGUGCUGGAGCUGGGCGGUAUUAACCCGGCCAUUGUCAGCAAGAACGCCAACCCGCGACUUGUGGCGCGGCGUAUGCUCUGGGGCAAGACCAUGAAUGCUGGCCAGGUGUGCACGUCGCAAAACUACCUGCUCGUCGACAAGUCGCUCGUGCCCCAGGUGGUGGCGGAAUUCAAGAAGGCCUACAAAGAGUUCUUCCCCAAGGGCGCCAAGGAAUCGCCUGACUAUGCGCGCAUCAUCAAUGAUACCCACUACCAGCGCCUGAAGUCCAUGAUCGAUAACAGCAAGGGCAAGAUCCUCAUGGGCGGCACCAUGGACGAGAAGGAGCGGUUCAUCGAGCCCACCCUCGUACAGGUGGACUCCGUGGAAGACUCGCUGUGCAACCAAGAGAGCUUUGGACCGUUCAUUCCCAUCCUCCCUGUUGAGAACCUAGACGAGGCCAUCAACCUGGCCAACGGCGUGCAGAGCACCCCGCUCGGUCUGUACCCAUUCGGCUCCAAGGCCGAUGUCGAGAAGGUCCUGUCCUCCACCCGCUCCGGUGGCGUUUCCUGCAACGAUGCCGCGCUGCAUAUCCCGACCCUCCCCUUCGGUGGUGUCGGAGAGAGUGGCUACGGCGCCUACCGCGGCCGCUCCAGCUUUGACGUCUGGGUCCACCGCCGCCCCAUCACCUCCAGCCCCAGCUGGCUCGAAUCUCUCCUCAGCAUCCGCUAUCCUCCGUACGAGGGUAAGCUAAAGACAUUCAAAGCUAGCAGCGCUCUCGCACCGGACUUUGACCGGAACGGCAAGGUGAGCUUCGGCUGGCUGCGCUUUAUCUUGACACUGGGUGGUGGAAGUGCCAAAGCUGGUGCUAGUCGGGCUGCUGUUGUUGCUGCCAGUGAGUAA